AUGGCAAACUACGUACUUGAUUUUGAGAAAUACCACAAUGUCAUCAACAAUGAAUUGACUUCAACAUCUGCUACACGCCACGCUAUUUGCCCCUCGAACGAGGAACCUCUCUGGGAAGUCCCCGUUUCGACCAAAGAGGACCUUGAUCGUGCCGUGGAUGUUGCCAAAGCUGCCUAUUCUACCUGGAGCAAGCUGUCAUUUGAUGAGCGUGCCCAAUAUCUGAACAAAUUCGCAGACGCUAUCGAGGCAAACAAGUCUCAGAUCAUCGAGCUUCUCGGCAAAGAGCUCGGCAAGCCGCCUCAGGCUGCCGGCUUCGAAUUCGACCUGACCAUGGGUCUGGCACGUGAAACUCCCAAGAUGCGUCUCAAAGAGGAGAAGCCAAUCGACGACGAAGACCGAACUGCUAUCGUGCGAUAUGUCCCUCUUGGCGUCGUUGCAGGCAUUAUUCCAUGGAACUUUCCUCUUGCCAUCGGCGUCGGAAAGCUAUUUCCAGCUCUCCUCGCCGGGAACGCCUUCAUCUGGAAGCCGUCCCCUUUCAGUCCUUAUUCCGCUCUUAAAAUUGCCGAACUCGGUGCUAGGAUUCUUCCGCCCGGAGUCCUUCAGGCGCUUAGCGGAGACGAGAGUCUUGGGCCACACUUCACUGCCCACCCAGACAUUGCCAAGAUUGGCUUUACUGGAUCCGUAGAGACGGGAAAGAGGAUUAUGGCGGCAUGUGCAUCUACGUUGAAGCGUGUCACCCUGGAGCUGGGCGGCAACGAUGCUGCCAUCAUCUGCGACGAUGUAGACAUUGAUGCUGUGGUCCCCAAGAUCGCAUUUCUCACGUUUGUUCAUGUGGGACAGAUCUGCAUGAAUGUUAAGCGAAUUUAUGUCCACGAGAACAUAUAUGACAAGUUCCUUGCAGCUCUCGUAGAAGCCACCAAGAAGUUUCCCAAGGGUGACCAUACUGAGCCCCAGGCUUUCUUUGGCCCUAUCCAAAACCGCAUGCAGUAUGAGAAGCUGCAGAAGUUCUACUCUCAUAUUGAGAAGGAUAAUUGGAAGACCGCACUAGGUGGCGUGCUAGAACCGAACAACGGGGAGGGCAAGGGCUUCUACAUCCCUGCCACAAUCAUUGAUAACCCUCCCGAGGACUCCAGGAUUGUCACUGAGGAGCCUUUCGGACCUAUUGCUCCUGUUCUCAAAUGGAAAGACGAAGAGGACGUGAUUGCUCGUGCUAAUGCCACCAGGUUCGGUCUUGGGGGAUCGGUUUGGAGCAAGGAUGUGUCGCGGGCAAAACGUAUGGCCGAGCAGCUCGAGGCGGGCAGCAUCUGGGUUAAUACCGCCUUUGAACUUGCACCUAAUGUCCCAUUUGGGGGUCAUAAGGAAAGCGGCCUUGGGAUGGAAUGGGGUGAACUUGGACUCAAGGGGUGGUGUAACCCACAGGCCUACUGGAUCAAGCAUUCUGGUUAA